ACUUUUGAGGUGGGCUGGCUGGAAAGCAACGUGCAGAGGGUAGACUGGGGUGCGCAGGUUGGAGGCGUUUCAGUACCUCGGUCAGCGCCCACUGCAGCCCAACCCACUCUCCUCAGCUCCCCGACUCCAGCUCCGAGAAUGCCUGCGGAAUGAUCGCCCCCCAGGGCGGCUGCCGCUGCUGCCGCUGCUACUGCUAUUGCUGCCGCUGCUGCUGUUGCUGCUACUGCUGCUGCCACCGCCUCUGUCUCCACUCUGCUCCCCCUGACUGGCAGGCAGAAAGUGCAACUAAAAAGAGAAAGGUCUCUGCAGUGAGAGCGGAGUGGCUACAUAAAAGAGAGUAAAGAAGGGCAAAACCCCAGAUCAGAAUGCAGGCGACGUCCAACCUUCUCAACCUCCUGCUGCUGUCUUUGCUUGCUGCAUUAGAUCCUUCCAAGACUCAGAUUAGUCCCAAAGAAGGGUGGCAAGUGUACAGCUCGGCACAGGAUCCUGAUGGACGAUGCAUUUGCACCGUGGUGGCUCCAGAACAAAAUCUCUGUUCCCGGGAUGCCAAAAGCAGGCAGCUUCGUCAACUUCUGGAAAAGGUUCAGAACAUGUCCCAGUCUAUUGAAGUUUUAAACUUGAGAACUCAGAGAGAUUUCCAAUAUGUUUUAAAAAUGGAAACCCAAAUGAAAGGGCUGAAGGCCAAGUUUCGGCAGAUUGAAGAUGAUCGGAAGACACUAAUGACCAAGCAUUUCCAAGAGUUGAAAGAGAAGAUGGAUGAACUUCUGCCCUUAAUCCCUGUGCUGGAACAGUACAAAACAGAUGCCAAGCUAAUCACUCAGUUCAAGGAAGAAAUUCGAAAUCUGUCUGCAGUCCUCACUGGGAUUCAGGAGGAAAUCGGUGCCUAUGACUAUGAGGAACUACAUCAAAGAGUGCUUAGCUUGGAAACCAGACUUCGUGACUGCAUGAAAAAGCUAACAUGUGGCAAAUUGAUGAAAAUCACAGGCCCAGUUACAGUCAAGACAUCUGGAACCAGAUUUGGCGCUUGGAUGACAGAUCCUUUGGCAUCUGAAAAAAAUAACAGAGUCUGGUACAUGGAUAGUUAUACCAACAAUAAAAUUGUCCGUGAGUACAAAUCAAUUGCAGACUUUGUCAGUGGGGCUGAAUCAAGGACAUAUAACCUCCCUUUCAAAUGGGCAGGAACUAAUCAUGUUGUCUACAAUGGCUCGCUCUAUUUUAACAAAUAUCAGAGCAACAUCAUCAUCAAAUACAGCUUUGAUACAGGGAGAGUGCUUGCCCAACGAAGUCUGGAGUAUGCUGGUUUUCACAAUGUUUACCCCUACACAUGGGGAGGGUUCUCUGACAUUGACCUAAUGGCUGACGAAAUUGGGCUGUGGGCUGUGUACGCCACUAACCAGAAUGCAGGCAAUAUUGUCAUCAGCCAACUUAACCAAGAUACCUUGGAGGUGAUGAAGAGCUGGAGCACUGGCUACCCCAAGAGAAGUGCAGGAGAAUCUUUCAUGAUCUGCGGGACUCUGUAUGUCACCAACUCCCACUUAACUGGAGCCAAGGUGUAUUAUUCCUAUUCCACCAAAACCUCCACAUAUGAGUAUACAGACAUUCCCUUCCAUAACCAAUACUUCCACAUAUCCAUGCUUGACUACAAUGCAAGAGAUAGAGCUCUUUAUGCAUGGAACAAUGGCCACCAGGUCCUGUUCAAUGUCACCCUUUUCCACAUCAUUAAGACUGAGGAUGACACAUAAGCAAAUGUUAUUUGGUUUUCAUUGAUCUAAACAGUGUCAUUUGUGAUAAAUUCUAUAGGACCCCUUCUGUCUUAUCUUCAUAUAACCUUUUCAUCAUUUCUCCAAAGCACUUUCAUUGUAAAGUUUGUGUUUCAAAGAAGAGGUGACCCUGUUAAAAUAAACUGUUGGAAACAUAGCCUAACUUUAAAUUUACAAGGCCUAAAUUUACAAGGCCUAUCAUAUCCUUGUCAUGAAAAGCACUAAAAAGAGUUUAAGUGGCUAAAGUCAUAGUUUUGCAAAAGAUUAAUGAUCUGCCUUAUAUUAGAGUCAGAGACUAACGGUGGCUUUAAUGCAUGAAUGUCUUUUUUUAAAAAUUCUAUCAUUUUUUUUUAUGUCUUCGCUCCACAUCAGGAUAUAUUUUGGUAGGAAUUAGGGGAAAAAAGCACUUUCCAUCCAUUUAUUUCUAAAAAAAAAAAAAGGAUUGUAUUUAUUUGGGUAAAAUAAUAAUAUUCAUUUGCUGUUACACAAUUCUCUGAUGCGGUGCUGUACAGUCAUUUUUAAAUAUCUUGCUAACAUUUUAUUGGCAAUAUGUAUUUCUACCAUUGUAACCACCAUUGUGUAAUUGUAUCUCUUCACUUCUGUGAAAGUAAGUAAUAUUUUUUAUAAAAUACACUGAAGUUUAAUCUCAGUAAUUAUUAUGGGUCAAUUUUCAAGUAUGUUCAAGAAGGAAGCAUCUUUUUGACUUACCCUUUUACAUAAGCACUAUAACUAAUAAAAUCAAACCAGAUCCCUUAUGUAGAGUCUGUCUUACCCCAAGUUUAUUAGGCAACUGACAUUGAUUCAAUAUAGCUGGGUAAUUCUGUUCACUCCACUGAAAGAAACCCAUAUAAUUCUUUGUAAAAGAUGCAGCUGAGUCACAAAAAUUGGAUUUGACUUGAGUCUUCCAUUUGUUAUACAACCAAACAAGUUUUAUGGUUCAUAAUUAUAUAUAUUAGUAUUUUAUUUUAUUUUUCACUCAACUUACAAUAACGUAAUUUUUUUGUAUCAGGACUCUCAAAAUACAUGAAGCAUAUGUAAAAACUCUUAAAAAGAAAAUUUCUGGAAUGUUCUAUAGAAUUAUUUUAUGAGCGCUGGAGAGUUAUUGGUAAAAUGUGUGCAAAAGAAGAUGAUGGGGACUCUUGGGAGUUGUUUUAUGGUUUCAAAUGUAGAAAUCACCAAUUCAAAAAAUGAAAUGAAAAGAAAACCCUUGUUACCCUGAUUCAUUUUGUGUGCAGAUAGAAUAGAACCAAAAAUAAGGCUCUAAUAAUACUUGAUGCUAUCAAUGCCACAAAAUAUAUAAUCUAUGUUUCAAACAUGUCACUGAGUUUGGAUGUAUUCUCCAUAUACUAAAAAUAGUCACUUAAGGGGUUGUAUUGAUAUAGAUUGGUUUUAUAAUUUAAAAAGUAUAUUCUCUAACAAAUUGUUGUAAAUGUUCAGAUUCACGCAUACAUAAUACCAUAAUUUUCUUUGAAAAAUAAAGACAGUAAUUCAGAUAAAACAUUGUGAAAAAAUGCUAAUUCUUAAGGGUAAUUCACAUCAAAUGUCACACAUAAAACAUUAUUUUUAAAUAUUCAUAGUCAAAAUUGUAAGAUUAAAUAACCCUAUAUUGAAUAUAAAUAUUUGUUACACUUUAACAAAGAUUUCUCCCCCUCCACACACAAAAAUUUAGUAUGAUUUAAUGAUCACUCUGGGUCCUUUGCAUAUUGCCGUCUCUUUUAAAUUUUUUAAUUAAAUUCUCCUCUAUUAUUGAGAAUUGGAAAACUUAAGUGAUUCUUUAAUCGUUAUAUACAUGCUCCAAAUAUAUUCAGCCAAUUUUUCUAUAUCGAUAUUUGUAUGGAGAAAGAAAGUCACAUCAAUUUCAGAAAUUAAUCAAUUUCUAAGUAGACGGUCUCUAAUGGAUAUUGUGGUGUUUAUUACUUGUUUUAAACAAAAAUGAUGUUCUUUGGUAUCAUCAGCACUGAAGCACUGGAUGAUUACAGCUUAUUUGUGAGGUGUGCAGUUUGUAAAGCACUUUAUUGUUUUCUAUGUAAGGUUUCAUCAUCAUAUCCAAUUUAUGCAGUGUAUGUGCUGCUAGAGUAAGCACAGAUUUUAUUGUCACUAGAAGUGGGAGUAACAUGAGUUUAAAAAUGUGAUUUGCAUUAAAUAUUUACAGUUAAAAAGUGUUUUCUUAAUAUAUUAUUAUCAGUUUUGUGCCUGAAAUUAAUUAAGAACUCAUUCUAAUAGCUGGUUUUUAAAAUUCUCAACAAAUAAAAUAAAUUUUAUGGGGAAAAUCAUGACUAUUUAUAAAUCAUCCACAUAAUCCAAUUAGUAAAGAAAUCCAAACUCAGAAAUUCUUAAUCCUAAGUGAACUGUGUUAUUGGUAUUUUCUAAAUUAACCAGAUCGUUAACUAACUUCCAUGUUAUUAGACUAAUAAUAUGAUUAUGGUCUGAUUGUAUUUGUGUGUUAUUUGUAUUUGUGGCAUUUGAAUUGUGAUGUUUAUAACCUGCACCUCAGAUUACAUCUAUGAUUUCAGAAAAUGGUAGCAUUUCUAUGCAUAACCAAUAUAUACAGAUAAAAGAGAAAACAAUGGCCAAUGCCUAUAAAUAGAAUACCAAGUGAUUGAUUAAGAUUUAUGACAAACUCAGAAUUUCUGAUACCUAUUCCCAUACUUAUUGACAGAGUCAUUUUACUUCUAUAAUUAGUAGCAUUCUGUCUGAUAAAAUCUUAUGAUCAUAUUCUCAGAAAAUGUUAACUUCUUAUUGAUUAUAAUUCCAAAUAAGAAAAAGUUCUUGAUAUCUGAAAAUCACCACCGAACUUUUUUCAACCACAAGAAUUGUUUCAAAAUGUAUAUAUAUAACAUAUUUUUUUCAACCACAUUUUUUCAACCAGAAGAAUUGUUUCAAAAUGUAAAUAUGUAACAUCUUGCUUAUGUUCAUCCCAAAGUAAAACCAGUUAUGUUCCUAAUAAAAUAAGUUUUACAUGUAAUAAUUCCUGGGGAAUAUUACAUGUAAUAUCCUGGGGAAGGGAAUAAAGUUGUAAUAAUUCUUGGGCCUCCAAGACAAAACUUCAUUCUAGCUAUAAGUGGCAAAAGAUGUUAUAGCAGGGAAUCCAGAUGUUUAAACAGGAAUAGAAGUAAUGGUCACCGUGACCUCAGGCACAAGGACCAGUUUAUUUUUUGCCAGAUUUCUUAAUCCCAGCAGUGGCCAGGGGGCACUUCCCAGCAGCCUUUGCUUUUAAAGCUCCUCAAGUUUCUUCUUCUCUUCUUUCUGUUUCUGCUGGAAAGCCUUUUCUUCCUUGUCCAUGUCUUUGGCUGCUUCUUGGGCUGCUUCAGGGGCUCCUUGUUGCCACUUUCAUGGCUGGACAUGGCGCCUGCCACCUGCCGCCCUUCCCCAGACCUUAACUGUCAAUCUUCAAAAAUCCUUACCUGAUCUCCUAACACUCAGGAUUACUAAAUUUUUUCUACAAAUGCCACAUAUCCCUUCAAGUGAAAACAAUAAUGAGAAAUGUAGCCAUUGACAGGGUUGUUCCCACAUCUUUUAGAAAUAAGGGUUUUUUGAAAACAAUAUCAGAAAUGGCAUCUUGCUGGCUUGCUGGGGUAGGUAUGAUUAUAUCCUUGACUACACAUGUGACUUAAAUUGCUAUGACAUGUUAAGAGACCAGACAUUUGGAGACAAAGCUUGCUUCACCUUUUGGUGAUCACAUGGUAAGUGGACAACUAGAAGAGCUACUAUAAAGCUGUCUGCCUAGUACUACCAACAGGAAGCAUCAUUUGAAACUUGGAUGCUAUAGGAUGACACAAAGCCUCCAUAACUGACUGCUUGUAACUAGAAACAGUCAUUUCUGGAAAGACCCAGAGUGAUUAAAAGUCGUUCAGUUCAGUAGGCUGUAUCCACACUGAAAUCAAGAUCAUGGAAUGGUUUCUAUUUCUAAAAGUUAACUAAGCUCAGUAUAAAUCUGUUAACUAAUAAUUUGCCAUGGUCAGUGACUCCUCAGAAAAGACCUGUGGCAUAAGAAAAUCUGUGUUCUUGAAUAGUCUGACUUGUACUAGAAAACUACAAUGAAAAUAUUAGUUCGUGAAAGAAAAAGAAAAAAAACUUCACCAAAAUCUUUUAACUAUUUUGUAAGGUAUUAUGAAUUUCAUUCAUGAGAAUCACUUGAAUAAAGAAUAGAAAACUGUUUUGCUCUAUUUGCUUUAUUGUUGAGGCAAUCAUAAAGAAAUCCUCUCCCAAAACUGACUUUUCCAAGCUGAUUUAUUUGACUUACAUCUUGAAAUUAUGCAGUUUAUCCCUUUUGGCUGAACUGUUUUGUUAGGCUUAUAGGAAUUUUAAUCCUGUUUGGAGUCUGCCUUGUCUACCAAAUGUCCAACUUGUUGGCAUAAAAUUUUGAAACUCUCAAGUGCCAAAUAAGUUUUACAAAUGUAAAGUAUUAAACAUAACUGGAGAAUGAUACAAAAGA